UGUUGUUGUUGUUUUUUAAAGAUAGCUCUGAUUUGGGCUUUGUAUCUAGCAGCAAGAAACUACUGUUCUGGUUUUUCUAAUGACAAGAAAUCUACUUGGUCCAAACCUUUCAAGCGAUGUGUCGCAAGUCAUUGAAGCUAGCAUGGGACACAGAACCGAGCGCCACAGAACAAUUGCAGAAGACACUGGACUAUAAGUUCCUGGAACUGUUGGUGCUUUUUGAAUCAAGAAGCAACAUUUCAGACAGGUUAAAGAAGGCUGGAGCAACAAAUCAGAGCUGCAACCAGCAAUUUGUAGACCAACUGAGACCACUGUUUGAAACUCCUGAUGAGAAGCUAGCAAAACGUGUGAGGGACAUCUUUUAUCCGAAUCUCAGGGAGGAAGCUGUGAAAUCUAAAAGACCAUUCAUUUUUGCAGAUGACCAGAGAAUACCCUUUGCAAAGAAAAAAGCCACUCCUCCAAGAUCUAAAAGUGCCCCUGCAUUACGAUCUGUAGAACCAGAGAGCUGGACUAUGGUAACGCCUGUACCACACUUUAGAUGUCCUUGCUACCCUGAAAGGACGUAUAUUCCGGUUGUCACUGAGGAAGACCUCAUGGCUGUGGAAAGGGGUAAAACAGACAUCUACUUCAAAAUGCAAACUUCAGAAGCAAAAAGAAUGCGCUCUUUCCAGCAGAAAAUGGACAAAUACUUUUCUGAAGAAGAAAGAGAAGUUGCUUGGAGAAAACGGCAUCCUCUGGGACUCAAUUCAGUGAGAAGACCAGCCACCACAGGAGACGUCCCCCGAGGUACCAGUAGAUUCGAACACCUGUCAACACCCAGGAGAAGGUUACCUUCCCAGUCUCCUAGUCACGCUGCAGCAGGUGAUGCGUACAAACGGGAUGUAGCUAUGAAAGAAGGACUCAGAGAAGCCAGAGCUACUGCCUCUAUGCGCUCAAUGUGAAAGAACCAACAAAAUCCUGGGAGUCAUUGUCUCUUUCCAAGCAGUCAUCAUCUCUUUCCAAGGAGCGAUCACCUUCCUUCAGGGAGUUGUCAUCGUUUUACAUUCGUUUCAAGUCUCCCAGCCACCAGAGGAUGCUCAGCUCUGGCUGAUCUGCUCUGGGGUCCUAGUUUUCUUGUUUUACAAAAAGGAGCCGCUGAGGCAAAGGUCUGAGCAGGCAGAGCCGUUGCUGUUCUGAGGGCAUAAAAAGGCUCUCCUUCACUGGAGACACUCCACUGACUUCUCACGUGGGGCUGCGGGAGCAUUUGCCCUGUGUUACCAGCACAAAGGCAGAUGGUUCCAAGGGAGCAGCUGAAGGGAAAUCUUACUCAUUCUAGUGUCACAUAGUUGUUGUUUAUUUAUCUGGGCCCUUGAGGGUUGAAUCAUACAAUUUUCUUUUUCAUAGAGCAGUCUUUAAAGAAUGACAGUGCUGUAUUGUGUGGAUAGAUGGAUGCUGAUUUGCUCUCAGAAAACAUGAAGGGGCAAGUUAUGGCAAUAAAGAUGUUCACAGUUGUGUAAAAACAUUUCAGAACGCAUCAUUGUAAA